AUGUCUUCCUUGAAAGGCUUGUGUGAGUGGCCACUGUCUGAGUUGCCGCCACUGCGUAAAAGAGAUAUUUCUGUGCCCCAUGCACCAGUCAGAACACAUACGUUGUCCGACGCGGAACAGAGAUUGGCGCUUGAGAAUGCAUUGCGGUAUUUUCCACCCACCAUGCAUCAGACCUUGGCUCCAGAAUUUGCUGAAGAGCUCCGACAAUACGGUCAUAUUUAUAUGUAUCGUUUUAGACCUGACAUAGACAUGAGGGCCUAUCCUAUAGAUGACUAUCCAUGUGAGACAAGACAAGCUGGUGCAAUCAUGCAUAUGAUAAUGAAUAACUUGGAUCCCAGGGUAGCUCAGUUCCCACAUGAACUUGUUACUUAUGGUGGAAAUGGGCAAGUGUUUUCAAACUGGGCUCAGGUGAGACAUUUUGUUUGUUUCUGGUCAUGCAUGCAUUUCCUCAGUGACACAAUUGUCAUGCAUACAGUCACAUGUUUGAUAAAUACAUGUAUGAAAAUGCCAGUUGUUGUCAACAAUGAUUUAUCAUUUUUCUAUGUUUUUUCAAAGGUUAUUCCAAACUAUUCAUCAAGGGAAGAUUAUGAUAGAAUGUUUGCCUUGGGUGUUACAAUGUAUGGCCAAAUGACUGCUGGUAGCUAUUGUUACAUAGGACCACAGGGCAUUGUACAUGGAACUACAAUUACAGUGAUGAAUGCAGGGCGUAGAUACUUAGGAAGUGGUGAUUUACAUGGCAAAGUGCUUGUGACAUCAGGUUUAGGUGGUAUGAGUGGUGCGCAGUCCAAGGCUGCCGUCAUAUCGGGAUGUAUUGGUGUCAUUGCGGAAGUCAGUAAAGAAGCACUUGAAAAAAGAUACAAACAAGGAUGGCUUGUUGAAACCACAGAUAAUUUAGACUGCCUGAUUUCGAAGAUAAGACAAGCAAGACAAAAAAAGGAAGCAACUAGUAUUGGUUACCAUGGCAACAUUGUAGAUGUUUGUUUAAAACGUCAAGUGAUUGCCAUUAAUAAACUCUCAAAGCAUGGGAUGUAUUUCUGGGAUUAUGGGAAUGCUUUUCUGUUAGAAGCUGGUAGAGCAGGUGCAGAAGUGAAAAAGGAAGGUGAACCAGAAAAGUUUAGAUAUCCAUCUUAUGUCCAGGAUAUAAUGGGUGAUAUAUUUUCUCUUGGAUUUGGUCCAUUCCGAUGGGUGUGUACAUCAGCAGAUCCAAAUGAUUUAGAAACAACAGAUAAACUAGCUACAGCAGUAUUAGAAGAUGUCAUCAAAGAAGGAGUAACAGAGAAAACCAAGCAGCAAUACCAGGACAAUAUUGUAUGGAUAAAAGAAGCUGGUAGACAUGGUUUGGUUGUAGGUUCACAGGCUCGCAUUCUGUAUUCAGACCAGAGAGGGCGCAUAGCUAUUGCAACAGCCUUCAAUAAAGCAGUCCAUGACAAGAAGUUGAAAGGUCCAGUUGUGAUUAGUCGGGAUCAUCAUGACGUGAGUGGUACAGAUAGUCCAUUUAGAGAAACAUCAAAUAUAUAUGAUGGGUCUGCAUUCUGCGCUGAUAUGGCAGUACAAAAUGUCAUUGGUGAUUCAUUUCGUGGUGCGACUUGGGUUUCGUUACAUAAUGGUGGUGGUGUCGGAUGGGGAGAGGUCAUCAAUGGUGGAUUUGGAUUAGUAUUAGAUGGCACAGAAGAAGCUGGUGAAAGAGCCAAGCGUAUGUUAGCUUGGGAUGUCUCAAAUGGGGUUGCUCGGCGCUCAUGGUGUGGUAACAGAAAUGCUGAAGAGACGAUAAUUUCAGCAAUGGACCAAAAUAAAAAAUUGAAAGUUACAAUGCCGCAUCAUGUAGAAGAUGACACAUUACUGGAAAGAGCACUGCAAAAGUAA